CUCACCUGCCUCCCUGCGGCCCUACAUCUGAGCAUGGAGAGGAGGGCGCGCAGCAACUCCAGAGAGGCUCCGGGAAGAAGUGGGAGAUCCUCUCCCAGGGGGGGCAAGAGAGCUAAGGCCGAGAAGGGAAGCAGAGACCACAGGCGCCAGGAUGCGGGGCACCAGCGGCGGAGCCGGAGCCCCGGACCAGCAGGAAGCCCCGUGCGGACUGGGAGCCCCUCGGAACCCCGAACCCCUGCCGCCGCCGCCACUGUGGUAGACGUGGACGAGGUCCGGGGCUCCGGUGAGGAAGGCACUGAGGUGCUGGCGCUGCUGGAGAGUGAGCGACCUGAAGAAGGCAUCAAGUCUUCUGGUUUAGGGGCCUUCGAGUGGCUUCUUGUCCUUACUUCCCUGCUCUUCGUCAUCCUGACUUUCCCCUUUUCCAUCUGGUUCUGCAUAAAGGUUGUACAAGAGUAUGAGAGAGUAAUUAUAUUCCGAUUAGGACACCUGCUUCCUGGAAGAGCCAAAGGUCCUGGUUUGUUCUUCUUUCUGCCCUGUCUGGAUACCUAUUACAAGGUUGACCUCCGUCUCCAGACCUUGGAGAUACCCUUUCAUGAGGUUGUAACUAAAGACAUGUUUAUAAUGGAGAUAGAUGCUGUCUGCUACUACAGAAUGGAAAAUGCCUCUCUUCUCCUAAGAAGUCUUGCUCACAUGUCAAAAGCCAUUCAGUUCCUGGUGCAAACCACCAUGAAGCGCCUCCUAGCACAUCGCUCCCUCACUGAAAUCCUUCUGGAGAGAAAGAGCAUUGCCCAAGAUGUAAAGGUCGCCUUGGACUCAGUGACCUGCAUUUGGGGCAUCAAAGUGGAAAGAACAGAAAUUAAGGAUGUGCGGCUGCCGGCUGGGCUUCAGCACUCCCUGGCUGUGGAAGCGGAAGCACAGAGACAGGCCAAAGUACGGAUGAUCGCUGCAGAAGGAGAAAAGGCUGCUUCCGAGUCCCUAAGGAUGGCAGCUGAGAUUCUGUCUGGCACCCCGGCUGCUGUCCAGCUUCGAUAUCUGCACACCCUUCAGUCAUUGUCCACAGACAAACAUUCCACUGUGGUUUUACCUUUACCAUUUGAUAUGUUAAAUUUCCUGUCUUCUCCCAGCAACAGAACUCAAGCAAGCAUCCCCUUGCCAAGUUCUCCCAAAUCUGUAGAGCCACUAAAUCCCAAAAAGAAAGACUCUCCCAUGUUAUAGAGGUAGUGUGUUGAGGGGAUCCCCCUCCCAUAUAAAGCCACCUCCCUGAGACAUGCAGCAUUUAAUUCCCCCUUUCUGCCCUUCCUUGGUUACGAAAUGGAACAUUCUGAUGCACAAUGUCACAAUGUGGCCAGUAAUAAGGACACAGUGAUGUAAUGACAGAGAAGCAAUCUAACAAGUUUAGGCCAUCUUGUCAGAGUACUUCUGGAAAGAGCUUUGAUCAAUAUUCUCAUCUGGAAAGAAUUUUAUGUCAAAAUGUAGUUCAAUUUUGAUUGAAGACUUAGUUCAAGUGUCCUUUUGACUACUAGAUAUUCUUUAGUUCCUUUAACAGGAUCUUUUGUAGCUGCCACAGCCCUGUCUGAGCCCUUACCACUGUGAUUAUCAUACUCAGUUGCAAUCCAGUGCCCAAGAUAUAGGCUUCUCCCAAUAAACUCCUAGUUCUUCAACAUCUCAUCUAAUAUGUCCUCCUCCCAUACUUGGUCUAUGUUCUUCAUACCUAACCCUGACAGUCUCAGUACAGUCACAGCUAAAUGUUUCUUCAUGAAU